UACAACAGGGGCAGGGCUAUUGGUCGAUCUCCACAUCAGUCUAGGAGAGUCCUGUUCGGUUUUCCUAAUUUGUAAAACUGGGCAGGCAGUUUUGACCCAGGUAGUCCAUUCUGAAAACCCGGCUGUCCGGGUCAAAACCGGACAGGUGACAAAACUACUCCACCUCCUGGCCUUCUGUCUCUACAAGCCAUUCCCCGUUUUUUACAAUUUCCCUUCUUCAAUAUCCUGACUAAAGUUGUGCACAUGUGCACUGAGCUUUUAGAGUUGCUAUAAAAUCAGUAAUGACAUUCACUGUGCAAAGUUCAUUUUGAGUACAUGUGAAGAGACGGAGGCUGUGUGAAACGCACAGAUCAUCAUGGACAUUCAGCCACAGAGAAAAGGUCUUGUCCUUGGAGUGUAUGAGAAAGAGAAGGAAGAAGAAUCACUCAUUCUCACAACUGCAGGAGAGAACUUUGAUAAUGCUGUUUCUGGAAAGCUGCGUGACCAGUUGUCCAGAUCUGGACCAGCUCUCAAAAAAGGCAAAUCACGAAUAUUUUAUGGUUUGCAUGAGGAUUUUUCCAGUAUUGUUGUGGUUGGCCUUGGCAAGAAAUCCAUAGGAGUAAAUCAGCAAGAAAUCUGGAAUGAAGCCAAAGAGAAUAUUAGAGCAGCAGUGUCUGUGGGCUGUAGGCAGAUGCAAGAUAUGGAGAUUGCUCAGGUAGAAGUGGACCCAUGUGGAGAUGCACAGGCUGCUGCUGAAGGAGCUGUCCUUGGACUGUUUGAAUAUGAUGAACUGAAGAAGAAAAAGAAGAAAGCAGUUACCACUCAUCUUCAUGGAAGUGAGCACAAGGCCUGGGAGAAGGGAGUGUUGUAUGCCGAGGGACAGAACCUGGCUCGCCACUUGAUGGAAGCUCCAGCCAAUUACAUUACACCUACAAAAUUUGCAGAGAUAUUUGAACAGAAGUUGGCAAGUAUGGACAGCAGUGUUAAGGUGUUUACCAGAUCAAAACCAUGGAUUGAAGAACAACAAAUGGGGGCAUUCCUAAGUGUGGCCAAAGGAUCUGAAGAGCCACCGAUCUUCCUGGAAAUUCAUUACAGCGGUAGCUCUGAUGCAAGCCAGCCUCCUCUAGUAUUUGUUGGAAAAGGAGUCACAUUUGACAGUGGUGGAAUUUCACUGAAACCUUCUUCGGGCAUGGAUGCAAUGAGAGCUGAUAUGGGUGGAGCUGCUACUAUUUGUUCUGCCAUCAUGAUUGCUGCAAAGCUUAAGUUACCUAUCAAUAUUAUCGGUCUGGCUCCUCUGUGUGAAAAUAUGCCAAGCGGAGGAGCAAAUAAACCUGGAGAUGUGGUCAAGGCUAAGAAUGGGAAGACCAUUCAGGUUGACAAUACUGAUGCAGAAGGAAGACUCAUUUUAGCUGAUGCUCUCUGUUAUGCACACAGUUUUAAUCCAAGAGCGAUUGUUAAUGCUGCAACAUUAACAGGUGCAAUGGAUGUGGCGUUAGGAUCUGCUGCAGCUGGAGUAUUCACAAACUCUUCCUGGCUUUGGACUCACCUUCAGGAGGCCAGUGUUAUUACCGGGGACCGUGUAUGGAGAAUGCCGCUAUUUGAGCACUACAGCAAACAAGUCACUGAAUCGGCUCUUGCAGACCUGAACAAUAUUGGAAAAUACAGAUCUGGAGGAGCCUGCACAGCCGCUGCCUUCCUGAAAGAGUUUGUCACUGCUCCUCACUGGGCUCAUCUGGAUAUUGCUGGCGUGAUGUCAAAUAAGGACGAGGUUCCGUACCUUCGCAAAGGCAUGUCAGGCCGCCCCACAAGGACAUUGAUAGAAUUUGCUACUCGUCUUAGUGAAGACAAUCAGACUGUUUAAUUAACACACAGCAUUCUUGUACCUACAUUUGACUGAAAGCCUAAAUGAAACUAAAUCAACAUAAUGUUAUGGUGCUAUUUGUAUUUUUCACAGAACAAAUUUUGCAUAUAUCUAAUUACAUGUACUAGAUUUAACAAAUAAAAAAAAAAUUGCA